GGGCAUCAACUCCAAAUGUUGGUCCAACUGAGGACUGCUUUCCAACAGGCUGGUAAGAUGUCCGAAGGCAGCCUGUCCAAACUGGAAGCCAACAUCCUCGUCAUCGGAGCUGAGAAAGUGGGGAAAUCAGCUUUGACAGUCCGGUUUCUGACCCGAAGGUUUAUUGGAGAAUACGGGAAUAUCGAAUCAAUCUACACUCAUAACAUGAUGAUGGGCGGCCGGGAGGUUUGCUUCAGCAUCUGGGACUCCGUCUGCCCUCAGGGCUGCGUGAACGAGAAACAGGUCCGCUGGGCCGACGGUUUCAUCCUGGUCUACAGCAUCUGCGACCGCACCAGCUUCCACUUUGCCCGCCAGCAGCUCCAGCGGAUCCAGCAGCUGAAGAGGAGAAGCGGGGCCGUGAAAGUCCCCGUUAUCCUGGUGGGGAACAAACGGGACUUGCAGCACGGGCGAACCGUCUCCAGCGAGGAAGGCCGGCUCUUGGCUCUUUCCACGGACUCGAGCUUUUUCGAGAUCUCGGCCGCAGAGAACUACCACGGCGCUUUGGUGGUCUUCCACGAACUUCUGGACAUGGUGCGGGAUUCCCGGAGCUCCGCCAAGAAGACCGUGAGCAUCCGAGGACUCGUACGCAGCAUGUCAGCCGUCUUUGGGAGAAGGAGGACUGAAUGAGGAGGGCCGGUGAAGGAAAGCCAGGUUGAAAAACAGGAUCCUAG